AUGACAAUGACUGGUCAGGGCUUGGGUGGCGAUCGCGACCCCAGUGCCGCGACGCCAGAUCAGCCGGAACAUGAUCGAUUUGACCCUCGGCCGCACGAGGCAGGUCGGAACGCGGAGGGCAUUCAUGAACCAAUCACAUUUAAACGGAAACAAAGGCGACAGUCCCGCUUCAGUCUGUCGAGUCUGUUCCCAAAUCCCGCCGGUGGUUCGGAAACAGGUCACGGAUUUACAAGAUCUCAGGGUGCUCAGAAUGGAGAUGCAUCGCCUCUAGACCCUUACGGAGCCAUUGGAUGGAACGGCAACCCGGACGCUUCCAAAGAUGGCACCCCUCUAGACUGGUAUGUCGAGGGGCCAGGGCGUCGAGUAGGCUACGAUGAUUUCACGGCUAUCGACUGGAUCUACGAGUACACAAAAGAGCGGCAACGAAAGCGAUUACUCUACUCGAGCGGGCAGGGCAUUGCGGGAUAUUUCCGUCGGCUGAUCGAGGCAAGCAAUAUCUGGUUUGUUUUGGUUGCGACGGGUAUCGCAGUCGGCAUCAUUGCCGCGACUAUCGACAUCGCGACAGACUGGUUGGGAGAUUUGAAAACUGGUUACUGCAAAAAUGGCAGCGGAGGCGGAAAGUUUUAUCUCAACCGCAGCUUUUGCUGCUGGGGAGUAGAUGAUUACUCGAAAUGCCUAGAUUGGACACCGUGGGGAAGUGCCCUGAGCUCAUCCUCCAAAGGAGGACAAUAUACCAUUGAAUACAUCUUCUACGUUUCCUUUUCGGUGAGAGCCCAAGGCUUGGAGAGGUCAACGAAAAUCCCUAACUCAUAUCAGGUGCUAUUUGCCGUAUGCGCUUGCCUUUUGGUACGAAAAUUUGCCAUCUAUGCGAGACAUAGCGGAAUUCCCGAAAUCAAGACAGUUCUCGGAGGAACUGUCAUCCGGCAUUUCAUGGGUCCCUGGACGCUUACUAUCAAGUCCCUUGGACUGUGUCUCGCGGUUGCAUCCGGACUGUGGCUGGGCAAAGAAGGUCCACUCGUGCAUGUUGCAUGUUGUUGUGCCAAUAUCAUGAUGAAGCCUUUCGAUAGUCUGAAUGGAAAUGAAGCCGCAGGUAUCUCAGUAGCUUUCGGUGCUCCCAUUGGAGGAGUGCUUUUUAGUCUGGAGCAACUAUCGUAUUAUUUUCCAGAUAAGACCAUGUGGCAAAGCUUUGUUUGCGCCAUGGUUGCCGCAGUCACGUUACAAGCUCUGAACCCAUUUCGCACGGGAAACAUUGUUUUAUACCAAGUCACCUAUACUCGUGGGUGGCAUCGCUUUGAGGUCAUUCCAUUCAUUAUUCUCGGUAUUGUAGGAGGUCUUUUCGGCGCGUUCCUUAUCCGGAUGAACUUACGAAUUGCCAAAUGGCGACGAUCUCGGUCUUGGUCAAGACCCGUGAUUGAAGUAGCUAUCGUGGCUCUUCUGACGGCUUUGAUCAACUUCCCCAAUCAUUUCAUGAGGGCUCAAAAUUCGGAGCUUGUUCAAUCUCUGUUCGCGGAGUGCAGCAGUGAGACAUACGAUCGAUUCGGUCUCUGCGCCACCGGAGCCAAGUCAUUUGGCGUAGUCGCUAUUUUGCUGCUGGCUGCUGUGCUAGCCUUUUUCCUUUCUGCAUUAACCUUCGGUCUUGAUAUUCCCGCCGGUAUCAUCCUUCCUUCAAUCGCCAUUGGCGCUCUGUACGGCCGAGCUUUGGGAAUACUCGUUCGGAUGUGGCAGGAAGCCUAUCCGAAGGCUAUCAUUUUCAGCAAAUGUGAGCCCGACAUUCCAUGUGUGACCCCAGGGCUAUAUGCAAUCAUCGGUGCAGCAUCUGCGCUAGGAGGCGCAACUCGGAUGACUCUUUCGAUUGUUGUCAUCAUGUUCGAGUUGACGGGUGCCUUAACCUAUGUCAUCCCGAUCAUGAUCGCCGUGAUGCUAUCAAAGUGGUGCGGUGAUAUCUUUGGGAAGCGUGGUAUCUACGAGUCAUGGAUUCAACUAAAUGAAUAUCCAUUCCUUGAUCACCGAGACGAUACCAUUCCCCCAGACGUCUCUGCUCAUCGGGUCAUGACCACUGUGGAUGAUGUUUCUGUCAUCACAGCAACUGGACAUACCAUUGGCUCCCUGCGUGCACUUCUUAAUACCACUACAUACCGUGGCUUCCCCGUCAUCUCAGAGAUUUCGACCCCCGUUCUCCUGGGCUACAUCACACGCAACGAACUUUCAUUUGCUUUGAAGUAUUCAACCUCACCGACACAGCGCAACCUCACCAGUGAGACUCAAGUCUUCUUUUCCCAUCAGCCUUUUGCAGACCCUGUGGAGACCCUGGACCUCCGUCCAUGGAUGGAUCAAACCCCCAUCACACUCAACAGCAACAUUACGUUCUUGAUCGUGCUGCGCAUGUUCCAGCGGCUUGGAUUACGCUAUGUAUUGUUCGCCAACAAGGGCAUUUUGCAGGGACUACUGACCAAGAAGGAUGUUUGGUCAAUUCUGAAUGGCGUCGAGUUCCGUCGACAAGAGGCUCUCCGAGACCAUGAUUAUGAGGCUCAUCAUGUGGCUGAAGAGGUCGGUCUCCUUCACAGCGAUGAACGAAGCAGUCUCAGCAGCACUCUGAGGCGAGAAUCCCUGUGA